AUUCCACUCACCAUCCUCACUGACUCCACGCCUGAAAUAGUAGGCUACUUAUUUGGUGGACAAAAGUGGACUAGAAUAGCAGUUCAUGUGCAAAUAAUACUCGCGUUGUUUUGGCUUGAACUUUCGCUCGCAUAAUGUUUGUGUUUCAACGUGUAGUAGGUUGCUUAGCAACGCGCAAUUGAGUUUGUCCCAUUUUCACAAAACGAUGUGGGGUGGACCUCGCAUGGAUUUGACCACAUUUGACCUCAUUAACCAUUCUGACCUGAAGUCUGAAUAGAUUUUUGCUUUUCGAACUCAACUGGAAUGUGUUGUUUACGACUUCACAUCAUUCUAGAAUGAUCGUCCUGUAUUUGCACUCAUUUCAUUCUGACCAUGAUUGAGCAUGGCCCUUAUUUGUAUCGGAACAGUUCAUAAUAUUUGUAUGCAUAAUAUUUGUAUGAAAACUAAUAUUUGUAAUUUGAUUGUUGCUACUUGAUUACCUAUCCCCCCCUCUCGAUUGAAGCCAUCGAUAUGCAGUAUAGAAGCGCUUUCAGAACCACAUACUGUGUUUUUGAGGCAAAUUGUGUUUAUCCCAAGUUUGAACGCUUGAGGUCGCAUCAGACCACCACUUUGUGUCCGCUCACUGGCUCCGCGGUCGGGCGUCGCGUCAUCAGGCUGCUCGCGCUGUGUGCGGAGCCCAAAUGACGACGAUAUUUGGAGGAGGAGGAUAGCGGAUGGAAUUAUGGACGAUCGGGCGUUGUUUUGUGGUUAAAAAGCUGUGUUUCUGACGUGGGAAUCCGUGGAAAUAGCGAUGGGCGGUGGACGGAAAACGUCGAGGUUGUGCUGUUUCUUUCUUGUGGUUUUAUGGCACUGCUGCGCUGCGCAGAUUUCCUACUCUAUUUCCGAAGAGGUGGACAAAGGAACCGUGGUGGGCAACCUUGCGAAGGACUUAAAUGUCAACGUGAGGGACCUUCAAACUCGGGAUCUCAGUGUGGUGUCGGUUUACAGUAAGGAAUACUUCAAGGCCAAUUUUCGAACGGGAGAGCUUUAUGUCGCAGAGCGAAUAGACCGCGAGGGGUUGUGUCCAAAGGCGACAAAAUGCACUCUCAGCUUCGAAGCCAUCCUGAGAAAGCCGAUGUCGCUGCAACGGAUUGAGGUGCUGGUUGAUGACUUGAACGACAACGCACCCCGCUUCGUGGAGGAGUCACAUUCAAUGAACGUGUCUGAAUCCUCACCCACGGGCGAGCGCUUCUUACUCCCACUGGCGCUUGACGCUGAUAUCGGCGCAAACGCGGUAAAGACUUACAAGCUGAGUACAAAUGAACAUUUUUCUCUUGACGUGCAAGGCGGCGGAGAGCAGAGUGUAUCAGCUGAGUUGGUGCUGCUGAAAGCUUUAGAUCGAGAAAAACAAGCCACGAUUAAAUUCACACUUACUGCCGUUGAUGGAGGAAAGCCUUCCAAAACUGGAACGUUGUUGUUGAAUGUCAAUGUUUUGGAUGUUAACGAUAACACGCCUUCAUUUAGCCAAGCGCUGUACAAGGCUCGCGUGAAAGAAAAUGCGCCCUCUGGGUCUUUAGUGAUUCAGUUGAGGUUUUGCCUCGUGUUUUCCCCUCGCAUGUUACAGUAUUGGUCAGAUAUGACGGAGCCCUGGCAGUGUUGA